CACUUCAAGGUUGGAAAGAUUUGUAAGACUCCAGGGCCUUCAAGCUGUGAUUAAUCAGAUGGUUCCUGAAAUGACUGGGAAAGCAGACGCUAUGUGUGCCAGUUGAAGAGUAUACAUCUGUGUAUAUUUAAAACCUCCUUUAUAUAAGUACACAUUUACACAAGAAGACAGGCUCGUUCUGGUACACACUUGAAGAGUUUUACAUCUGAUGAAAAUUAAUUUAAGAUUUACAUGGAGCAACUUGACACCACUGGGCUUAGGAGCCCAGGGAGAAAAAUACAUCACUAAUGGCCAAUUUUCCAUAAGGUCUUCACGGGUAAAGAAAGUUUGCAAAAAGAAGAAAAAACUUGCAUAGAUCAAGCCUCAAAAAUACCUCUCCAGCUUAAAGAAAGAGCUAAGUGAGACAGUGACUGAGGGAAAAGUGUGAUUUCGAGCAUUGCAGGUGGGAUCAGGCAGUGUUUUUUGCACUUUAUUUUUCAGUCAGUUUGAUGAUUUGGACAGACUUUAAAAUUCUGGACUGACAAUAACUCUUACUGUGCGGCUGUGGCUGGAGCAAAGCCAGCGCCGGUUUGAUAGGACAAGUGUGAACAAGGAACUGUUUCCUUUGCCUUUUCAGUCGACUGUACUCGAGAAAGUGUAAUUUAUUAUUUCCCUUUUCCUUUUCUGUAUCUAAUAGGAUAAUAUCCUAAGGUAGCAAUUAAACCGAUAAUUACAAAAUAAAUACCAAGGAACAUCCAGGCAAAGCUUCCUUGCUUUGGACUGUACGUGUGGCGUUUGGAAGCGUUCUCUGAAUGUGAACUUCAGGAAAGGGCCCACAAGCAAACUGUGGUAACCCUUUAGGGAAGCAGUGGGGAAGAACCCAACCUUGCUGUGUUUUCGUUUUUGGGGAUUCUCUUUUCUCUUGAGUGAGUCCAGGAAGACUUGCAUAGAAGAGGAGGAUUACUUGAUGGACUUAAUUCUGAGAUUAGUUUUCUUCCUUCAAGAUGAAAAAAUAUGUGAUCUUCAGGAGCCGAAAGGGGAGAAUUGAUUAGGUGAGGAGGAAGGAGACGGGGGCAAAAGAGACUGAGUCCUGCAGUGAAGCUCCGUUUUGUCAGCGAGAGGAUUCAGGACUCCCCAAAGCAAACCCUUGGACCACUUUCCGAGCUUCAGAAGGUUCUGGCUCUGCCGCGUGCAGGAGCCUGUCUCUCUGCCUGUAUGGCACUGAGCACUGUGUGGGCCUGUGCGCGGACUGUCGGUCAGAUGGAGCCCAGCGCUCCCCGGGGACACAGCCACCUGCCAGGAAACCGGGUUGCGCUCUGAGCUGGGACGUUUCUGGUUCUGAACAGCGGGAAAGAGCCUUCUUUUCUUUCUAAACUUGGACUGCUGUCUGCACAAACUCUGGUCGUUUUGCACGGUUUGUGUGCCUUUUUUUCCCUUUAUGCAAUCUUUUUCAGCUUUAGCAGCAGAAAUUUGUCUAGUUGAGAAAACACGCCAGAGGACAGCUUCAGAAGGAGGAUAAUCCCCUGUGUCCUGUCUCCAUCUGAACUUUUGACGAGAAAAUUCUAGCUCGAGGGAUUCUUAAAGCCUUAAGUUACUUGAAAUCUAUGUAUUUGCAACCCUUGGUCUCUGGAAUCAUAUUACACUAAACUGGAAUCUCAGGCUGAAUGAGAAUAACCAAGUUGAGUCAAAAGAAGAAACUUCAGUUUCUUGAUCUCCACGUAUUAACGAUGCUCUUUCUCCAAAGGGUCAUCCCGCUCUUCCUCUAAGGACUUGAAAAUAAAAAUGGACCCCACGUUUUUUUAAGCAUUACCUUUUCUUAGCCGACUGCCAUCAUCUUUUAUAGAGGAAUUUUUUCACUAUGCAUUUGGUGGAUCUUUAUACAAUACGAACCUUCUAAUUAGAUCCAGGUCAAUCUUAAUUAAAGGGAGUCGGGGAAAACAACUGCAAACAAACCACAAAAAUAGAACAGAUCAAUGAAAGGAAUUGGUUUAAAUUUUUCAGCAUUCAGCAUUACUUUUUAAGGAAAACAGUUCACUGACAAAAAGUAUGUAUGCGGCGGUGGAACAGGGGCCUGUUCUUUGCAGCGACUCCAACAUCCUCUGCCUGUCGUGGAAGGGGCGCGUCCCCAAGAGCGAGAAGGAGAAGCCCGUGUGCCGGAGGCGCUACUACGAGGAGGGCUGGCUGGCCACGGGCAACGGCCGCGGCGUCGUCGGGGUGACCUUCACCUCGAGCCACUGCCGCCGGGACAGGAACACUCCCCAGAGAAUCAACUUCAACCUGCGGGGCCACAACAGCGAGGUUGUGCUGGUGAGGUGGAAUGAACCGUACCAGAAGCUGGCCACUUGUGAUGCAGACGGAGGGAUAUUUGUGUGGAUUCAGUAUGAAGGAAGAUGGUCUGUGGAACUGGUUAAUGACCGAGGGGCUCAGGUGAGUGAUUUCACGUGGAGCCACGAUGGGACUCAAGCACUUAUUUCUUAUCGAGAUGGGUUUGUCCUGGUCGGUUCUGUCAGUGGACAAAGACACUGGUCAUCCGAGAUCAACUUGGAAAGUCAAAUCACAUGUGGCAUAUGGACUCCUGAUGACCAACAGGUGCUGUUUGGCACGGCGGACGGCCAGGUGAUCGUCAUGGACUGCCAUGGCAGGAUGCUGGCCCACGUCCUCCUGCAUGAGUCCGACGGCAUCCUCAGCAUGUCCUGGAACUACCCCACCUUCCUGGUGGAGGACAGCAGUGAGAGCGACACGGACUCCGACGACUACUCCCCACCCCAAGAUGGCCCAGCAGCAUAUCCCAUCCCGGUGCAGAACAUCAAGCCGCUGCUCACCGUCAGCUUCACCUCGGGGGACAUCAGCCUGAUGAACAACUACGAUGACUUGUCUCCUACUGUCAUCCGCUCAGGGCUGAAAGAGGUGGUGGCCCAGUGGUGCACGCAGGGAGACCUCCUGGCAGUCGCUGGAAUGGAUCGGCAAACGCAGCUUGGUGACCUGCCCAAUGGCCCUCUCCUGAAGAGUGCCAUGGUCAAGUUCUACAAUGUUCGUGGGGAGCACAUCUUCACACUGGACACACUUGUGCAACGCCCCAUCAUUUCCAUCUGCUGGGGCCACCGGGACUCCAGGCUGCUGAUGGCAUCAGGACCCGCCCUGUACGUGGUCCGUGUGGAGCACCGGGUGUCCAGCCUGCAGCUGCUGUGCCAGCAGGCCAUUGCCAGUGCCCUGCGAGACGACAAGGACAUCAGCAAGCUGAGCCUGCCCCCUCGCCUCUGCUCCUACCUCUCCACUGCCUUCAUCCCCACCAUCAAGCCCCCAAUUCCAGACCCCAACAACAUGCGAGACUUUGUCAGCUACCCCUCGGCCGGCAACGAGCGUCUGCACUGCACCAUGAAGCGCACGGAGGACGACCCGGAGGUGGGCGGCCCUUGCUACACGCUCUACCUGGAGUACCUGGGUGGGCUCGUGCCCAUCCUCAAGGGGCGGCGCGUCAGCAAGCUGCGGCCCGAGUUCGUCAUCAUGGACCCGCGGACGGACAGCAAGUCAGAUGAGAUCUAUGGGAACAGCUUGAUUUCUACUGUGAUCGACAGCUGCAACUGCUCAGACUCCAGUGACAUCGAACUGAGUGAUGACUGGGCUGCCAAGAAAUCUCCCAAAAUCUCCCGAGCUAGUAAAUCGCCCAAACUCCCAAGAAUCAACAUCGAGGCUCGGAAGUCCCCCAAGCUGUCGCGGGCUGCUCAGGAGAUGUCCAGGUCCCCUCGGCUGCCGAUGCGCAAGCCGUCCAUCGGCUCACCCAGCCUGACACGAAGAGAGUUUCCCUUUGAAGACAUCACUCAGCACAACUAUCUCGCUCAGGUCACGUCUAAUAUCUGGGGAACCAAAUUUAAGAUUGUGGGCUUGGCUGCUUUCCUGCCAACCAACCUUGGUGCAGUAAUCUAUAAAACCAGCCUCCUGCAUCUCCAGCCACGGCAGAUGACCAUCUAUCUCCCAGAGGUUCGGAAGAUUUCCAUGGACUAUGUUAACUUGCCUGUCUUCAACCCGAAUGUUUUCAGUGAAGAUGAAGAUGAUUUACCAGUGACAGGAGCAUCUGGCGUUCCUGAGAACAACCCACCUUGUACCGUGAACAUCCCCAUCGCGCCCAUCCACAGCUCGGCGCAAGCUAUGUCCCCCACGCAGAGCAUCGGACUGGUGCAGUCGCUUCUGGCCAAUCAGAACGUGCAGCUGGACGUCCUGACCAAUCAGACCACAGCCGUGGGGGCAGCUGAGCACACAAGUGACAGUGCCACCCAGUACCCAAUCUCCAACCGCUACUCCAGCCCUGGACAGGUGAUCUUCGGAGGCGUGGAGAUGGGCCGUCUUAUCCCGAACCCCCCGCAGCUGUCCCUGCCGCCGCCGGCCCAGGGGGCGCUCCAGCUGUCGGUGGUGGACCACGGAGGAGACCGCGAGCAGGAGCACCUGCAGAAGCCAGUCAAGGCGCUGCGGCCCGCGCCGUCACUGACCACGGAAGGGGACGCAGUCGUGUUCGGCGCCCCCCAGGAGGUCCAGGUGGCAAAGUUGAACCCUCCGCCCCCCUACCCAGGAACCAUCCCCGCUGCCCCCACCACAGCAGCACCUCCGCCCCCACUGCUGCCCCCACAGCCCCCCGUAGACGUGUGCUUGAAGAAGGGCGACUUCUCACUGUACCCCACGGCAGCGCAUUCCCAGCCACCCCUGGGCUACGAGCGGAUCACCACGUUCGACAGCAGCGGCAACGUGGAAGAGGUGUGCCGGCCUCGGACGCGCAUGCUGUGCGCGCAGAACACCUACGCCCUCCCCGGCCCGGGCAGCUCGGCCACCCUGAGGCUCACCGCCACCGAGAAGAAGGCGCCGCAGCCCUGCACCAGCGCCACCCUGAACCGCCUGACGGUCCCGCGCUACUCCAUCCCUACAGGCGACCCGCCUCCCUAUCCUGAUCUGGCCGGCCCGCUGGGCCUGGGUCGCGGCGCGUCCCAGCGGCUGGACAGCGGCCUCAUCCACGCCACGCUGCGCAGGAACAACCGCGAGGUGGCGCUCAAGGCGGCGGCUCUGGCCGAGCCCCCAAGGGCCCUGCCGCAGCACCCGCCCUUGCAGCACCCCCCAUUGCAGCACCCCGCCAAGCCCAAGGGCGCCGCGCAGUUCCCGGCGAGACCCCCGGCUGCCCUCUACACCUGCAGCCAGUGCAGUGCUGGGGGCCCGGCCGGGAGACCCGAGCCGGGAGCUGGGGGUGCGCAGGCGGCCAGCACCUCCCCGCUGGCCUCGCAGUCCUCCUACAGCCUCCUGAGCCCGCCCGACAGCGCCCGCGAGCGCGCCGAGUAUGUCAACUCGGCCUUCACCGAGGACGAGGCGCUGGGCCAGCACUGUCCUGUGGAGAAGCCCCUGAGGCACCCCUCGCUGCCCGAAGCUGCUGUGGCCGCAAAACGCCCCCCCCCUUACCAGUGGGACCCUGUGCUGGGGGAGGACAUCUGGGUGCCUCAGGAAAGGACAGCACAGACUGCAGUGCCCAAUCCUCUGAAACUGUCCCCUCUGAUGGUAGGUCAGAGCCAGCACCUGGACGUGUCCCGAGUGCCCUUCGUCUCCCCCAAGUCUCCCGCCAGCCCCACUGCCACUUUCCAAACAGGCUAUGGGAUGGGAGUGCCAUAUCCAGUAAGCUAUAACACCCCCACUUUGCCAGGAGUGCAGGCUCCCUGCUCCCCAAAAGACACGCUGUCCCCCACACAGUUUGCACAGCAGGAGCCCACUGUGGUCCUGCAGCCUGCCUACCCACCCAGCCUCUCCUACUGCACCUUGCCCCCCAUGUAUCCUGGAAGCAGCACGUGCUCGAGUUUACAGCUGCCACCUAUCGCCUUGCACCCCUGGAAUUCCUACAGCGCGUGCCCGCCUGUUCAGAACCCCCAGGGCACUCUCCCCCCCAAGGCACACUUGGUGGUGGAGAAGCCCCUGGUGUCCCCACCGCCCACCGACCUCCAAAGCCACCUAGGUACAGAGGUGAUGGUAGAGACCGCAGACAACUUCCAGGAGGUUCUCUCCCUGACGGAAAGCCCAGUCCCCCAGCGGACAGAGAAAUUUGGAAAGAAAAGCCGGAAGCGCCUGGACAGCCGAGCGGAGGAAGGCAACGUCCAGGCCAUCACGGAGGGCAAGGUGAAAAAAGAGACGCGGACUUUGAGCGACUUUAAUUCCCUGAUCUCCAGCCCCCGCCUGGGGAGAGAGAAGAAGAAGGUGAAGAGUCAGAAAGACCAGCUGAAGUCGAAGAAGCUGAAUAAGACCAACGAGUUCCAGGACAGCUCGGAGAGCGAGCCCGAGCUGUUCAUCAGCGGGGACGAGCUGAUGAACCAGAGCCAGGGCAGCAAGAAAGGCUGGAAGAGCAAGCGGUGCCUCCGGGCGGCCGGCGAGCUGGAGGAGUUCAAGUGCCGGAAGGCCAGCGAGCGGGACGACGGCCGGCUGGGCAGCCAGGGCUUCGUGUACGUCAUGGCCAACAAGCAGCCUCUCUGGAACGAGGCCACCCAGGUGUACCAGCUGGAUUUCGGGGGACGGGUGACCCAGGAGUCAGCUAAGAACUUCCAGAUCGAGCUGGAGGGGCGGCAGGUGAUGCAGUUUGGGAGGAUCGACGGCAGCGCGUACAUCCUGGACUUCCAGUACCCCUUCUCAGCCGUGCAGGCCUUCGCAGUCGCCCUGGCCAACGUGACUCAGCGCCUGAAGUGAAGAGAACGGGGUGGGGAACGCAGGUGCUGGAGCAGCACGCCUGGGCCCGGUGCCUGGGCGACCGGAAGACGCGAGCAAACUGGAACAGUCUGUCAGGCCCAGGAGAGGCCACUGACCUUUGUCGUCGUUGUUUGUUGGGACUUUUAUUAUCAUUUACUGUCUUUCUUUUCUUCUUCCUUUGAAACAACAAAAAAUACAGGAGAGUGUUUUUGGAAGCAAAGGUGCCAGGCGUCUGGAGAUUUUUGGGAAGCGUAAUUGCUUGUCAUGUACUGGGUCAGCUCCGGAGGAGGGGCCCUUGGUAGGAAGACGCACUGCCUUCUAGCCGCUGUUCUUUCAAGACAUAAGGAGUGCGCAAUAGUUUCCUUCUCCACAGCAUCACCACUAGUGUAAAAACAAGAAACUUUUACAAUAAACAACCAAAAAUCCUGAAGGUACAGGUUCUCUUGGGGGGACAACAUUGAAUUCUGUUACUCCUCCAAAAGUGACUUGAUUAAUGAAGGGUAUUUUGGCAAAUGCACUGUUUGUCUAAUAAAAGUAGGCUUUUACAGGGGUGCUAUUACCAGGUUUGAGUAUGAUUUGCUCCUGAUAUGUAGGGGGAGGCAUGACGGGUGAGGAAGGAAGUCCUGCACACAUACACGUGGGUGAUUUACGUCGAGUGACUUGAAAUAGUACAAGGGCUACGCUCCUCUCUGGAGGAUGUUUACAUUGAAGACCCCACUAGUCUUAUAAUCUGUCACAAUUUCCAUAGGUUCAGUGUGAUUGACUCGAGGAGAAGGUAAGAGACAAAAGAGGAAAGACCCGAGCCUGCGGUGGGGGCAGCGGUUUUCACACCUCGUGCCUGGGUGAGUGAGUCACUGGGUUCCCACUCGCUGAGAAGUAACGUUUAUUCCCUGUCUCCUUUUAUUGUUGAUAAAUAGCCUGUUUAUCUGGAAAAUGUGACAGUAGACAUUAUCUUUCCCAUUAGAGAACACUUCUACACUUUCUCUUACUAAAAAUGCUGACGAUACUGAUUUGAAAGCACUCCUUUCCUCUUCUGAGCUACAUUAAAUUUCAGUGGGCUAGAAACGUUUUUCAAGUGAUUGAAAUGUAACCGAAAAUUUUUAAGCAUUUUCUAGGGUAUUAAGAGAUAGAGUUAUUGUCAAGUCUGUCACCGAAGUCCCACAAUCUCCUCUAGGAAAAAAGUUGUUUAUUAACGAACUGUACAGACUGUUUUACAGAGGAGAUAAACCACUGGGAGAGCAUGGUUAAAAUUAGAGUAUUUAAGGUGGUUGGUUUAUUGCUCUUUGUUAAUUGCAAAAAAUAAAAUCCACUGAGGUUAUCUUUUCUCCCCGCACCCCGUCCUCAGGGGACACCCUGGGCAGCGUUCAGCCCUGGUGACAAGGCCCAGUUCCUGGUUUCCAGCUGUUCAUGUCUGUGAUGUUGUUUAGGGCAGGAGCUCAAGAACUGUCUACUGGCCUCGGGUCCUAAAUUUGGGUUUUGUUUAAAAACAGAAAUGGAAGAUACUACAGAGAAGUACUUCCAAAAAAAAUUUUUUUUUAAUUCUCUGUUUUGGUUUAAAAAUUACAAAAGAAAGUGGCUCACUCCUUUCCCAGAGCAGGAUGACCUCCAUCGCCCACCGUUCUCUCUAGCCCCCGGAGAAACACAGAUGAGGGUCUUAAAUAUGGUAAAGGCCAUCUCCCAGCUAAUACCAGAAUUUCCCAUCUUAUAUUUUAAAAUAUUGAAGUUGAUUUCUUGGUGGGUAAAUUCUUCCAGAAAAAAUUUAUUAAUGUAUUCAGAAUUACAUAAUUCUUUUAUGUGAGUUUCUGUAGUUUGAUAUGACGUUUCAGUGAUUAUUAUUAGUUGUGCAAUAUGGUUACAGCCUAUUUCUAAAAUAAUUUAAAUGCAAUUCCCUGUUUCAUUGUCCAAGAGAUAAUUAUUUAUCUUGCUUUAAUAGUGUUCCUAGGAAUGAUUUUGUUGCUAUGUACUGGUGAGUUAUGCCCAUUUUAUUAUUUAUUUAGAAAAAUAGUAUGUUUGUAACGACUUACUUCAUAGCAGUAUAUUUUGCUGCAAGAAAUAAAGAGGCUAUGAUAGAAGGGUUUUUUGCUGGACAGUUUGUAACUUUUUCUAAUUGGGAAAAAAUUUCUAUUAAUCCUUUAAAAGUAAAUUUUUUUUUGCGUUUUGGGGUGUUGAUUAUAUAUACACAGGAGAUUUCUUUGAGAUAACCUAUCCUAAAAUAACAUUUCCCCUUCUUUUGAAAAUUUAUUUUUCACUAAAAAUAAAAGGUGAUGUGAAGUGAAAGGAAACUUAAAAUGAGAGUAGCAAAGGAGGGAAAUAUGGGUAAUAAGUUUCAGUUUUGAAAGCUCUGAUUGGUUUUUGAGAUGUAAACACCAUGAAAGGGUACAUUUUCGAACUUUUCUUAAGAGCAAAUGUAGGGGGAAGUCCUUGUAAUAAAAAUUACAAAUACAUGUGUGAAGACAAAGUGAGUAUUUGUAGCAAAUAAAUAAAACUAAACUUACUGAAUUCUUAGCUCCCUCCCCAGAAGGAACUUUUCCCCACGUGGAAACAGAGGCGUCUGCCCGUCGUGGGUGUUUUGCACACACGUGAGUGAGCAGCUGCCCAACUGCUCGCUCGGCCCAAAGGAAGAGGUGAUAUCAGGUGCCAAACCUACGUACACAGAUGUCUGCACAGUUGUACCGCAGUGUCUUUUAAGUUAACUGUGAUGCUUUUACUUUUGUAAAAGUUGUUUUCACUCAGUCAGUCUCGAUUUAUUAAAUAUUACUGAAUUCAGUACUUCAAGCAGCAGAAUUCUACAUACUUAAGUUUAUUAAUAGCAGCUUAUGAAUAUUUAGGUACCUCAGUGAAUCCCUAAAUUUAAAAACGUUAGCCCAGUAAGUAGUCAACUGCAUAAAGAAUACAUGCCUUUUUGAGGGAAGUGAUAUGUUAACAAACAUAAAAACCAAUUUUAAAUUUGUUUUAACUUUAACCUCAUCAAACCAAAGACACAGAUUUGUGUACCGUAUACCCAUUGAAUGUAUAUCCUGAAAAACCUGGCACCAAGGCAGCAGAAAAUGUCAGCUCUAAUGCAGUGUAUGUCAGGGUCUUCAGGUUAGUAUUUUUCAUCCAUGGCCACUCAUUGCUCCCUUGCCAAGCGUCCCAUGGGGACGUGCAAACCCGUGUCCGUUCAUCUUGUGAUCAUAGCAGAGAGUCAGGAGAUCCAGGAUGAACCUGCUCUGCCACAGAGCUGGGCCUCCACUUGUCCCUCUGCAACGUGAAAGGAAUGACCUGGACGGUUUUCUCCACUCCUGUCCAGCUCGAACAGCCUGAGGCUCAAAAUGUGAGUUUCAUCAUCCCAUUUCACGAACUUGGAAGGCAUGCUUCAAAACAUUGCCUUUUUGUAGAAAAAUGUUUCUUUUCCUGUGUUAAUGAGAUACCUCCUGAAUGUAAAUCAGGGCAUUUAAAAUACUCUCUCUAAAAGAUUCACCUCCAGAAACAAAUGCAUCUGGAAUUGUUCUUGUUCUCAUAAAAUUACACAAAAGCACCGAUUCCAGGUAAGACAGGAGCCUCCCCACGAGUGCGCCCUACUCCGUGGCCGCCCCUGAGAACAGCCCUAAGAUAAGUCACCACUUGCCCCAAAGACCAUAGAGUGAGUGGGUUGAAGAAAGAACAAAGGAGCGUGUGCCUGAGCCGUCUAGGCCCGAGUGUGCUCUGCACUGUUAGCUCUUCAAGUUCAGGAGGUAUCUGGGAAAGGAGCCCAUGUGGCUGUGUGGGCUGUCGAUCACUUGGCCAAGGCAAUGACUCUGAACACAGUCAGUGGAGACAAAAUGUAUCAAAAACGUUUGAGUUCCUGGGAGUUU